GAGUCCACCUCUGCAUAUUGUGUUCAGAUUUCGUAGCUUUCUGAAAGUGGUCACGAUGGCAAAGCUUCAAACAGUGUAUUCCUUACUCGUAGUGUUGGCGAUGUUUAUACGUGCUAUAUACUUGGCUGAACCACCUGAGAAUGCACAAACGUCUAAGACUAAAGAAGAAAUCGAAGCAAAACGUGGAUUUGAAGACGUAUCGUGUACUGACACCUGCUAUCUCUCUAAUGAUGGUAUAUGUGAUGAUGGUGGUGAAGGAUCUCAGUACAGUUAUUGUGCCUAUGGCACAGAUUGUGCAGACUGUGGAAUAAGACCUAUUACUUUAUGCAAUAACGAAUGCCGGUACCAUGGUGAUGGUGAUUGUGACGACGGGGGUGAUGGGUCCUCAUACAGUAUAUGUGAAUUAGGUACAGACUGCGAUGACUGUGGACCAAGACACCUAUAAUUGAAAGUUGGAUCAGCAAAACGGUCAGCAAAGGAAUCGAAAAAAUUGAAUGUAGGAGAAAAAGCAUGAUAUAAAAAAAGAUAAAAAUCCGUUAAAUGUUGAUAAUAUAUUCGCAUGUUAAAGUAGUUUAGUUGGAAUAAGGGAAUAAAGUUCAUCAUUAAAAAAAUAUAUAUAA